AUGGCCUCCUUAGCUAUUAGACGAUGCACGCACGACCUAACCAACAUAGUUCGCUUGGGUAACUCUGGCCUCAAGGUCUCCAGAAUCAUCCUCGGGUGUAUGUCAUAUGGUUCUCCAGAGUGGCAAUCUUGGGUUCUCGGCGAGGAGGAAGGUAUCAAGCACAUCAAGGCUGCUUACGACGCGGGCAUCAACACCUUCGAUACGGCCAAUGCGUAUAGCAACGGGCUGUCGGAAGUCGUUCUCGGAAAGGCUAUUAAGCAGCACAACUUGCCGCGCGACGAAAUCGUGGUCAUGACGAAGGUAUACGCAGAGGUGAAGCGCAACAUAAACGAGAGCUUCACCCCUCCCAAUGUCGAUCCGGAUACAAUUGGCUAUGUCAACCAGCAUGGUCUGAGCCGCAAGCACAUCUUCGACUCGGUGAAGCAUAGCUUGGAGCGGUUGCAGCUCGACUACAUCGAUGUGCUGCAGUGCCACCGUUUCGACAAGGAUACGCCCAUCGAAGAGACGAUGGAGGCUUUGCAUGACGUUGUCAAGGCGGGCUGGGUCCGCUACAUCGGCAUGUCGUCCUGCUGGGCAUAUCAAUGCUACGCGAUCCAGAACAAGCUCACGCCCUUCAUCUCGAUGCAAAACCACUACAGCCUCAUCUACCGCGAAGAGGAGCGCGAGAUGUUCCCCACCCUCAAGCAAUAUGGAGUUGGCGCCAUUCCCUGGUCGCCCCUCGCCCGCGGCAUGCUCACCCGCCCGCUCACCGAGCAGAAGACCAAGCGCGGCGAGACCGACCGCUUCAUUGGCCAGUACAGCAAAUCGCAGGCGAGUCUGGAGGCCAUCGUCAACCGCGUCGAAGAGCUGGCGAAGAAGAAGGGAUGCAGCAUGGCCCAGCUCGCCUUGGCGUGGAACAUGAGCCGCCCGGGAGUGACUGCACCGAUUGUGGGGACGACGUCGCUGGAGAACUUGAACGACCUGAUUGACAUAGGCGCGGUCGAUGUCAAGCUGACGGAGGAGGAGAUGAAGUAUCUGGAGGAGCCGUACACCCCGCAGGGAGUUAUCGGGCAUAUGUAA